UGACUCGCGAUGCGUGCGGCAUAGAAGUCGUCACCCCCCGCAACCCCCGACCCCGAGUGCCACACACACCAAACACGAACACUCCGGCGUCACAGACAAAGUCGCCCCGAAAAAAGUAAUACUACUGUUCUUUAAUAUUAAUUAGGCAAGGGCAGAAACAAAAACAAAAACAAAAACAAAAGCAGAAGCAGAACCAGCGAAGGAAAACAACACACCUCGGCGCCACACACAAGGGAACAAAAAAAUAACAAAAGAAAGAAAUUAAUAAAAAUCAAUAGAGCGGCAACGGUCGGUCGGUCGGAGGCGAUAAAAAGUGUUAUCAGUGUGAAUUCAAUUGCCGCCUGUGUUUCGAGCAGCGCCGAUAACUGAAGAGAGAGAGAGAGAGGCGCGAGGGCGAAACGCGGGAGGAGGAGGUGGCGUCGGGAAGCGAUCCGAUCGCAGCCAUCCGAAUCCGCAUCCGGCACAAUGUCCGUGCAGCAAUUCUGUCUGCGCUGGAACAACCACCAGCCCAACUUCAUCUCGGUCUGUUCGUCGCUACUGCACAAUGGUACUCUGGUGGACGUUACCCUGGCAGCCGAGGGACGCCAGCUGCAGGCGCACAAGAUUGUACUGUCCGCCUGCAGUUCGUACUUUCAGGCACUGUUCACCACAAAUCCGUGCCAACAUCCCAUCGUCAUACUGAAGGACGUGCAAUACGAUGACCUCAAGACCAUGGUCGACUUUAUGUACUAUGGCGAGGUCAAUGUGUCGCAGGAACAGCUGCCGCACAUCCUCAAAACCGCCGAAAUGCUCAAAAUAAAGGGCCUGGCGGAGAUGCCAACGGACCCGGCCAAUCUCACCAAGUCCGACAGCAAGUCCUCCACCGAUGGCACAGAACUGGUGGGCGGCGGGUCCGGAGUAGGUGCCGGGCCGGGUACCUCGGCGGGCAGUCUGGGCGCUGCCAGCGGUAGCAGUGUGGGCGACUCGCUGUGGAGCAGUAGCGAAGCGCAGCAGUUCCAGCAGCAACAGCAACAACAGCAGCAGGCCCAACAACAGCAGCAACAGCAACACCAUCACCACCAGCAACAACAACAGCUCCAGCAGCAGCAGCAACAACAGGCGCAGCAGCAACAACAACAGCAACACCAUCACCACCACCAGCAACAGGCGCAGACGGCGCAGGCCCAUCACCACCAGAUGAGGCGGACACCGUCGCCCCUGAGUGCUGGAACGUCGCCAGCUACGCGGCGUAAGCGAUUGCGGAAAUCCUCGAAUAACGGCUCUGGCGAACGGAACAAUGUGGCGGAGGAGCACAACAGCUCACUGGAGACCGGCGCUGGAAAUGCCGGCUUGAGUCUCGCCCAGAUGAGUCAAAUGUCGUUUGGCGCUGGCGGAGGCCUGGCCGGGCACUCGCUGCACGCCGCCAAGCUGCUGAAGGAGUCGGCAGCCGCCGAACUGGAGCAACAACCCCAGGACUCUGAUCUGGACGACGGACACGGACACAUUCACAUGCAAAUUAAGCCCGAGGUGGACAUUGGAGGCGUGAACCAAGCGAUGCCGUUGGACAUCUCUGGAGCCACAACCCCGUCGGAGCACGAUGCGCCCAACUCUCAGUCCUCGCACUCGGGUCUGCAAUGGACGGUUGUCGAUUCCAACUAUCCGCGCUUUUCCUUGCCCGCCUGCCAGUCCAAUCUUCUAGGCAAUGGUGGUGGCGGCGGCGGCUCCGGCAGCCAGAGCAGUGGGGCAAAUAGCGCGAAUAGCGAUCAGCGCCAGCAGCAGCACGAAGCCCAGCAACAGGCGGCGGCCAAUCAACAGCAGCAGCAACAGCACCUGCAGCAGCUGCACUACCAGCAGCAGCAACAACAACAGCAGCAGCAGGAGCAGGCCUCCGCCUCGGCUACCGCUGGACAGGCGUACUCCUCGCAAAUCAUCACAGUGAACAGCUUGGUCAGCGGCUAUGCGACGACGGCGCAGAACCUCUCGCCCACAUCCCCCAACGAAUCCAAUAUGGUGCAAUCGGUCUACAGUCAGGGUCCCACGCCCACCCAAUCGCCCGUACACGCGGGCACCGGCGGCAGCGGGGGAAACGGAAAUGCCACCGGAAACGGAGGAACAGCCGGAGCGGCCAGCCAGGUGGUGAAGCGAAAGCGUUCGGUCAACCCCCAGGGAGAUGAGAACUUUAUCCGAGCCCUAGAAGCAGUGCGCACGGGAGGAAUAGGCUUCUGCAAGGCAGCCCGCUUGUACGGAGUGAACAACCGCACCCUGUGGCUGGAGUACAAGAAGAGGGGAUAUCCCGUUUCGCGGCCGAGCAUCAAAGCACGGGUGGUGAAGCAGGAGCCGAAUCUGUCGCCAUCGCCGACACCCUCGACGAACCCGGGAGACGAUAACACAAACGAGACGCUCAGCAUGCAGAUUCCUCCUCAAGCGGAGACGCCGACGCCCUCACUGAUGUGCACGCCACAUCACACGGGCAUUGGGAGUGCGGCUGGCAGUCUGCCGGGCAGUGGAAACUCCCAUCCGGCCAUCGGUGUGAUGAGCCUGUUCGACCCGCGGUACAUGGACUCACCCGGCACGGUUCACUCGAUGACGCGGCAACGGUACAUCGACAGCGGAGCAGGGGCUGGGGCGGGGGGUGCGGCCACCGGAGCGGGAACCGGCACCAUCAAUGUGAACCCGAGCACCGCCAUGAAUCUGCAGAGUAUUAACUUCAACUCGAUAUAGAAUACGAUUUCGAGCCAGGUGGCGGGGGGGAGCACCACUCUGCUGCAGGCAGCCGCCAGGAGCCAGGAACCCCUGAGCAUAUCAGCCAUGCCCGUCUCCGUGCCCGUACCCGUGCCCGUGCCGAUGGGCAUGGCCCACAGCUUCCUGAUCAAUAACUUCGUAACGGUGACAGCUCCACCCGUGCAAUACCUGGAUAAGUAGAGCCAGGAACAAACGUGAAACGUGGAUACGGAACCGGAACCUCAGAAUCGAACGAUACAGGUAUUACAGAGAAACCAACGGCAACAAUCUAGUGUACAUAGCGGACCGCCAGAGUGGACACAAAGUAUAAUCGCGUCCUGCGCUGAGCUGAGCUAAGCGUCGCAGGACCCAAACACCAAUGGGGUCAAAACAAUGGGUGGCAAUAGAAGGAACAUAUGUAUAAUCCCGCCCUGCCCCUGCCGCACUUGUAAUAACUUCAAUUCCUUAAGCUUAAUGUUUUGAACCCUUACAUUUUUACGAUUGUUAACUAAGGAAAAUCGGUAGUGCAGAUACGAUAUAUAUAUCUAUAUAUAUAUUUGAUUAUAAAGUAUAUGUAAACGUAGCUAUAUUUCGUGUAAAAGAUUAUUGUAUUUGUAUAUAAAUUAUAGAAUUUUAUUAGGGUUAUAAUCCGAAACAUUUAAUGAUUUGUACACAAACUAAUGGUAAAAAAAAAACAAAACUAAAAAUAUGGAUAAAAAAUAGAAGAAAAA